AUGAGUACGCCAAACUUUGAUAUAGGUUUUUCUCAUACUAUCUAUCCUAUUGUAAGUCUUUCCCCAUGUGGAGACGUACAAAAAGCUGAAAGUAUUGACACGACACAAGGCGAUACGAAACGAGAAACGUUCAACUUGAAAAAUCCCAUAUUUGCAUCCUCUCAAACAACAUUUACAAUUCCGCAUAAAACACGUGAAUUCGAUUUAUAUCUGUCAAAAGUUGAGUUAUCCCCUGAUGGGUAUCAACGUAAAAUCUGGAGUAUGAAUGGUUCAUAUCCUGGUCCUACAAUUGAGGUUGAUAAAGGCGAUCGAGUUUUAAUUCACGUACAUAAUAAUUUGGAAGAACCCACGUCAAUUCAUGUACACGGACUAUAUCAAAGAGGAACUCCUUGGAUGGAUGGUGUUCCUUUUCAAACACAAUGUCCAAUACCUAAUAAUUACACGUUCACCUAUGAUUUUGUUGUACCCGAUCAAAGUGGAACUUAUUGGUACCAUUCACAUUACAUCUCUCAAUACGUCGAUGGAAUGGUUGCAGCAUUUAUUAUUCAUGAUCCCGAAGAUCCGUACCUUAAUGAUUAUGAUGAGGAACUGAUCGUUUUGAUAACAGAUUGGUAUCAUGAUGAAUCCUCGAUUCUUUUAAAUCGGUACCUUUCUCCUGCCAGCCAAGGGAAUGAGCCUGUGCCGAAUAAUGGACUUAUCAAUGGAAAAAACAAUUAUAAUUGUGAAUGGGCGCCGAACAAGUCAAAAUGCAUUGAGAAAUCGGGUUACUCGAAAUUCACAUUCGAAACCAACAAAAGAUAUCGCAUUAGAAUUAUCAACACGAGCGGGUUCUCGGCCUUCACAUUUUCAAUUGAUGAUCAUGAGAUGGAAAUUAUUGAAGUAGACGGUUCGUUGACGCGAAAACUUAAAGUCAAUCGCUUACCGAUUCAUGUUGGACAACGUUAUUCAGUUUUAGUGACGGCGAAUGUAUCACCUGAAUCAAAUUAUUGGAUGCGUGCCAACUUUCAUAAAGAUUGUUUGCCAGAAAAUACGAAACAUCUUACGCGUACUGUUAAAGCUAUUAUACAUUACAAAGAUUCUCUAUCACAACAACCGGAUUCCGAACCCGUUUAUUCUCGCUCAUGGGACGACAACGUGGAUGGAUGUGUAGAUUUGGAUGCAAAGUUGCUGAAACCGUAUAAUCUUGAAAAAAUUCCUGAUGCUACUAGAAAAAUUGUUUUGAAUAUUGAAUUCAAGGAAGAUGAAAAUGGCAUUGAGAGAGCCUUUGUUAAUGGAUCAAGUUUUGUUCCGAAUUUGAAAGCAAACAAUACUUUGCAUAAUGUUAUAUCCGGUAGUCAUGAGUUUGGACGUAAUCAAAAUGUCUUUAUUUACAACAAUACUCAAGAAGUGGUUGAUCUUGUUUUUAUCAACACUGAUGAUGGGGAACAUCCAUUUCAUCUGCAUGGUCAUAAAUUUUGGGUACUUGGAUGGGGCAAUGAAACAAUGUUUCCUGAUUAUUCAAAGCUUAAUACAAUCGACGCCAUCCAAAGAGAUACUUCAACAAUACCGCCUAACGGAUGGUCUGUAAUUCGAUUUAAACCAAACAAUCCCGGAGUAUUUGCGUGUCAUUGUCACAUGGAAUGUUCCAUUAAUAAUAUCCGUACACCUGGGCUCUGGCUCACGCCAAAAAAAUCCUCUUUGCAUGCUCGCUUCACAGGCAAUUGGGAAGUCAAUGCAGGACUUUUUAAUUAUGAGAUUGAUGACGAACUUUUGUUAAACAAAUGGUACCAUCUUACCUAUACACUUUCUGAUUCUGAAAAGAGAUUAGAUAUUUACGUAGACGGUGAAUGGGUAGGAUUCUAUGGCAUCCAGAACGUUAGAACGCAAAAAGUUGUCUUCAAUGAUAAACCGCUGUAUGUCGGACGUGCUUGCGACAUGGGAUUUAAUGGCGAAAUUAGAGAAGGAAAAAUUGUAUAUGGAUCGAAAGUUGCUCUUGUCCAUGUGACUACUGGAAGAUAUUUGUCUACCAAAGGAGUCAGAAACCCGUAUAAUUAUCAAUAUCUGGCCAUUGGUAAUGGUCAGGAAAUAGAUAUGAAAAAUGAUGUUUGGACAGUUAUUGGAGCCCAUGAUACAAGCGUAAGUACGGGAAGCUCAGUGCUCUUUAAUACUAUCAUUGGAUUUAAGCAUCAGAUGUCAGGAGAAAAUUUACAUUCUCAUGAUCAGAAAAUCGCACCACAAUCGAAGCAUCAGCAAGUGACCAUCUGUCUCGGUAGAAAUCAUGACGACGAUUGGCUUAUUCGACGUCAUAAUUCAAAUGCUUAUUAUGAUGACUCGGGUCAUUUGAUGAAUGGUGAUAUAAUCAGCCUUUUCCAUAUGAGAACGGAAAAACCGGCACUUUAUAGUCAUCCCAUCUUUUCUGAUGAUGGAACACAAGAAGUUUCAUGUUAUGGAGAUGGAAAAAACGAAAAUAAUAAGUGGCGUAUUGAGUUGAUUGAUUUGAACGAAAUUGUGAUAUAG